UAAAAACUAUAUACAUAUAUUGGCAUUUUGGCCAAACUAAUUAUUUCUUGAAGUUGUUUAACCAUGGACAUGGUGAUGAAGUUGGGAACAUCAAGCUCUGUAGUGAUUUUCACCAAGAGUAGUUGUUGCAUUUCUCACAGCAUCGAAACCCUAAUCCGUAAUUUUGGAGCAAACCCUAUAAUUUAUGAGCUCGAUACACAUUCAAAUGGGAAGAAAAUGGAGAAGGCAUUGAUGGAACUAGGGUGUCAGCCAAGUGUUCCAGCAAUAUUUAUAGGAAAAGAGUUAGUUGGUGGUGCAAAUGAGAUAAUGAGCCUUAAUCUGAGGGGAAAGCUUAAACAAUUGCUCAUUAGGGCUAAUGCUAUUUGGGUAUAGAAAUUAAUUAUAUUAAGCUAACAACUAACAAGUGCAUUUGGAUGGUUGUUUUGUUCUACCUAUUUGAUUUGGUUCUUGGUGUAUAAAUAAA